CUACAGUCGGGUGCGUUUCCUUCCCCCAAAUUCCUCAAAGAUGGUUUGUCUCACGUGUUGCGGGGCGUAAAAACGGCUCGCAUUCAAUUAUCAGCAAAGCUCACGGGCGCUGGCGGGACGGGCGCGCAAGGCUGCAGCAACAGAUGCCGGAAGCUCUCUUGGGCUGUCACCCCAGCUCUGCCAUACCGAGUCUGGAGAAGGGUUUGCAGUCCGAAGGCUGCAUACUGGGAGUCAGCCAGCAGCGGGAACCGUGAUGGCACCCCUUCGAGCCCUCUGGUUGGCCUGGGCACUGAUAGGAGUAGCUGGAGCGUGCCCAGAGCCGUGUGCCUGUGUAGACAAGUACGCUCACCAGUUUGCUGACUGUGCCUACAAAGAGCUGCGCGAGGUGCCUGAAGGACUGCCAGCCAAUGUGACCACGCUGAGUCUCUCAGCCAACAAGAUCACUGUGUUAAGGCGCGGGGCCUUUGCCAAUGUCACGCAAGUCACGUCGCUGUGGCUGGCGCACAAUGAGGUGCGCACUGUGGAGCAGGGGUCACUGGCUGUGCUAAGCCAGCUCAAGAACCUCGACCUGAGCCACAACCUCAUAUCCAGCUUCCCUUGGAGCGACCUGCGUAACCUGAGCGCGCUGCAACUGCUCAAAAUGAACCACAAUCGCCUGGGCUCUCUGCCCCGGGAAGCACUCGGAGCACUGCCCGACCUGCGCUCCUUGCGAAUAAACAACAACCGGCUGCGUACACUGGAGCCUGGCACCUUCGACGCACUAAGCGCUCUGUCACACUUGCAACUGUAUCACAAUCCCUUUCACUGUGGCUGCGGCCUUGUGUGGCUGCAGGCCUGGGCCGCGAGCACUCGGGUCUCCUUGCCAGAGCCCGACUCCAUUGCGUGUGCCACGCCUCCGGCGCUGCAGGGGGUGCCGGUACACCGUCUGCCCGCCCUGCCCUGUGCACCACCUACCGUGCAUUUGAGUGCAGAGUCUCUGUCUGAGGCACCCGGCACUCCGCUGCGCCCCGGGACAGUGUUCCUGUUGCACUGCGUGGCUGAAGGCCACCCCACGCCCCGCCUGCAAUGGCAACUUCAGAUCCCCGGUGGCACAGUCCUCUUAGAGCCGCCUGUCCUGAGCAGGGAGGACGACGGGGACGUGGGAGAGGAAGGGCAAGGGGAAGAAGAUGGGGACGUGCCCACGCAGACCGAAGCCCCAACCUCAUCUCCGGCACCCGCUUGGCCUGCGCCCCCAGCCACCCCGCGCUUCCUGGCCCUCGCAAACGGUUCCCUGUUGGUGCCUGUCUUGAGCGCCAAGGAGGCAGGCGUCUACACAUGCCGUGCACACAAUGAGCUGGGUGUCAAUUCGACAUCAGUACGCGUGGCUGUAGCUGCAGCAGGGCCCCCUAAGCACGCUCCUGGCGUGGGGGGAGAGCCCGAUGGGCAAGGCCCGACUUCUGAGCGCAAGUCCACAACCAAAGGCCGGGGCAACAGCGUCCUGCCCUCAAAGCCUGAGGGCAAAACCAAAGGCCAAGGCCUGGCUCGGGUCAGCGUCCUUGGUGAGACAGAGGCACAGCUGGAGGAGAUAGGUGAAGGAGAGGAAGCAGACCAGAUUCCUGUGGACCCAGGCGAAGAGCAGCACUGCGGCCACGGGGAUCCCUCUCGGUACGUGUCUAAUCAUGCGUUCAACCAAAGCUCAGAACUCAAAUCGCACGUCUUCGAGCUGGGCGUCAUCGCGCUGGAUGUGUCGGAGCGUGAAGCUAGGGUGCAGCUGACGCCGUUGGCGGCGCGCUGGGGUCCUGGGCCCGGCGGAGCUACCGGAAGCGGGCGGCCUGGGCGGCGGCCCCUGCGCCUACUCUAUUUGUGUCCAGCGGGGGGCGGCGCGGCAGUGCAGUGGUCCCGCGUGGAGGAAGGCGUUAAUGCUUACUGGUUCCGUGGCCUGAGGCCAGGCACCAACUACUCAGUGUGUCUGGCACUGGCAGGCGAGGCCUGCCACGUGCAAGUGGUAUUCGCCACCAAAAAGGAGCUACCCUCGCUACUGGUCAUCGUGGCGGUGAGUGUAUUCCUCCUGGUGCUGGCCACCGUGCCCCUGCUGGGCGCCGCCUGCUGCCAUCUGCUGGCCAAACACCCCGGCAAGCCCUACCGUCUAAUCCUGAGACCUCAGGUCCCAGACCCGAUGGAGAAGCGCAUCGCUGCCGACUUCGACCCGCGGGCCUCCUACCUUGAGUCCGAGAAAAGCUAUCCAGCAGGAGGCGAGGCGGGGGGCGAGGAGCCUGAGGAGGCGCCAGGGGAGGGCCUUGAUGAAGACGCGGAGCAGGGAGACCCAAGUGGGGACCUGCAAAGGGAGGAGAGCCUGGCGGCAUGCUCACUGGUGGAGUCCCAGUCUAAGGCCAACCAAGAGGAGUUCGAGGCGGGCUCCGAGUACAGCGACCGGCUGCCGCUGGGCGCGGAGGCAGUCAAUAUCGCCCAGGAGAUUAACGGCAACUACAGGCAGACGGCGGGCUGAGCCCCCAGCCCGCCUGGCCCGCCCAUUCCGCCCCCGCUUUGGGUGCCCGGGAGCAGAAACCUAGGGCUGGCAGAUUUUAUCAUUUAUCCCCUGCACCCCACCACCUUCAAACUUCACUUACUCCGCACCCUUGGACUACUAGGAACUUCUAGUAGGAAUCGGGCCGAAUUCACUAGUCCCUGGUCACUCGUGGCCGUCUUUAUCCCGGUGGGCUCUGCCCACCCCCCAGGUCCCACUCUUAUUUCCCCAUAUAAGACACAACCCGCCGACAGCGAGGCGAGAUCUAUAUCCCUUCACUUCUAUCACGAUUAUCUGCGAAUUCCUCCCCGCAGCCCGUCCCACCCGUGGGCCCUGGAGCCGGAGGAAACACGCGAAGACACUGGAAACAUUUGGAGGCAUCGCUGUUUCUGGCCCCGGACCUCUAGUAGAUGACCCCAUAGUGGAGCGUUGUGGGUCUCACCUCGACCCUGCACCGCCUUUCCAGGGCUGCCCGUCCCAGAAGCCGGCUAGUUUUAAUCUCAAAGCCCGACAGAGAACCAAAUCCUUCUGUCCCCCCGCUCCACCCCAACCCUACUUCUGUCCAGCUGGAGCCAAGCCCGGUGCCUGGGGCGCCUUUCAGCUCCACGUUCUGGUUUUCACAUUUUCGUUGUUUUCAAAGACAGCGACAUUCUGGGUCUGGUGCUAACACUCCCUUCCAACCUCUGGGAAAACUGGGUGUACGUGUGUCAGGGAGUGUGGGAGGGAAUCCGUUUCCUCCCGCCUGUCUUCUAACUUAGAGCGCCGCAGAACCACGCGCCCCUUUUCGGCAGAGGGGUCAGCUUGGUUCGGGGCCAAUUUCGUUGUCCAUGUGUGGCGGUUUCCGGAAAGCGGCAUGCACUACAGCUUCUUCCGCGGCUCCACCGGGCCCAGACUCCAGCCGGAAAGCGCCGGGGGCGUAGGAAGCCAACUGUGGCUCCCUGGGGCCGAGUUUCUCCGGAGGGCUGGUGCCCUGGUGCGCACAAAGCCGGCGCGUGACUGCAGCGAGAUCCGGACCGGGAGAAGCCCCCGGGUCCUCGCAUCUCCUCGCCCCGCCCCGACCCGCCCAGCCCCUCCUUCCGCGAGAAUAGUGUUUGCCCGGCGUGUAGUCCUAGUCGAGCGUGGUGUGUAGGAGAAAUCUGUGUCCUGUAUAGUGUGACC